GCCAAGACUGUGGACCCUUUUGUCCCAGCACCUCCUUCGUCUUCCUCUGCAGCACCCACUGUUACCGCGUCUUACACUCCGAGUGUUCCACAGAACAGGGCAGAGAAGUAUCUGCCUAACUUGCCGGUGAUAGAUCACCAGGGCAUGAGCAAAGGACGCAUGCGAGAAGUGGAGUGUUGGCACAGCUUUCUUGAGACGCUUAGUUCGUGGUUGGCUUUGCAAGACGAGGCCUACGUGAGAGAACUUCAGUUCUGCGUAAAGACCAAGCAUGAGAUUGAUCAGGCGAGUUUGGCGGCAAAUGUUGCUGCGAGGAGCGCGAAGCUCUUCUACUACUUGACUCAGUCCCUUGCCGAGUGGGAGAGAGGCCUGGAGCUUCUCCGGUCUUGCUCGAAGAGACAGUCUCAGAGUGCCACAGGGUACGAGGUGGUUCGGACGAUCAAUGCUCAGUACAGCAUUGUGUCCCGGAUGGAAGCAGUGGUUGUUCGAGAGCACUGCUUGAAGUUGCAUCAAGAGUGCAAGAACAUCCGCCAGCCCACCGGUGUGAUCAGGCACCUUGAGGAUGAGUUCUCUAGAGCGGAGUCGAAGUUGACCAACUUCACAGAGCUGAAGCUGUCUGAAGCAGAUAAGUGCAGUGUUCUUCUGCAGGCUCUUGGACCUGAGGUCCGUCAGUAUGUCCUGCUCCAUGGGAGCUCUUCUGACUGGAAGGAUCUUACGAAGAGCCUCACUUACUAUGAGGAACAGG